GAAUCGUAUCACGCCCCCUCUUAAAAAACAACAACUGCCGAGCGAGCACCUCUGGCUUUGCAGGAGAGCUCUAUCCUGGUGAUUGAAUGCAGAAUGUCGAGAGUGAAGCGGUCCUCGGGGAAAGAGUACCGCAAACUGACUCAGACGGGUGACUCGGACGAUGACGUGGUUCUCUUCCAGCUGUCUCCCUCCUCGACUCAGCCACCUCCCUCCUCCCUCUCCACCACCACAGAGUUCGGGAACGGCCGCUACGACAAGAGCUGCGACCUGGAACUCCCCGCGCCCCCUAGAGGGGGCCGGCCGCGGAGGGAGCGCCAUCUGAAACCCGCCGUCAGGUUGAAGAAAGGCUUCGGCUGGAGAGCCUCCAGAGAGACGAAAGCCUGUCUGAGUUUCCUUGGACUGCUGGCAGCGGCCAUGAUCGUGGUCGCCUUGGCCUGGUUCCAGUUGUCCGACGCAGCCGAGUCAGCCACCUCUCCUCUGCUCCAGUCCUCAGCGUUCACUGCUACCUCAGCCCCCGCCAUGGUUUCCCCAUCUCCCCUCACACACCCUACUGCGGCAACUCUUACUGCAUCUGAGGAGCCACCGGCUACAACACAGAACCAAGCACUACCACAGAGGAGCCACCGACUACAACAACAGAACCAAGCACUACCACUGAGGAGCCACCGACUACAACAACAGAACCAAGCACCACAGAGGAGCCACCGACUACAACAACAGAAACCAAGCACUACCACUGAGGAGCCACCGACUACAACAACAGAACCAAGCACUACCACUGAGGAGCCACCGACUACAACAACAGAACCAGCACUACCACUGAGGAGCCACCGACUACAACAACAGAACCAAGCACUACCACAGAGGAGCCACAAACUACCACUGAGGAGCCACAAACUACGACAAAUGAACCAAGCACUACCACUGAGGAACCGACAAAAGAACCAAACACUACCACAGAGGAGCCACAAAGUACCAAAAAUGUACCAAGCACCACAUCAGAGGAGCCACCAACUGCAGAAGAGAGGACAUUGUUUUCUCUUUCAUCUCUGCCUAUUGAAGAAGAUGGGAGUGAAGCUGGAGACAGCAAGACCCUCACACCCUCACCAGAUACACCCUUCACACCAUCACUGAACACACCCCUCACACCUUCCCAAGGAUCUCCCUCCCCACCUCCCCCAAACGAAAAAGAGAGGAGAAGUAUUUCCUGGCAUCGCGACUUCUUCCCCGGAAUAACAGAGACAGCGCUCCAGCUGAAGGACGUGAGUGGGGAUGGUGUGAGUGACCUUGUGAUGGUGGAGGGGAGGGGACAGUGUGAGAUGGUGGUGAGGGUGCUUGACGGGCUCACGGGGACCUCGGUGUGGGAGGCAAACGUCACUUACGAUGCCUUUGCCGUGCGGUGUGAGGUCGACCUAGACGCAGAUGGUCUGGUGGACUGCAUUGCAGCAGGGAGGCAGAGUGGAUUCCGUGCUCUCCGUGGCUCCAACGGCUCUGUGCUGUGGGACAGAGACCCGAGGCUAGCGUUCCUUCGCUACAACUUCUACUUCCCUCUCUUUGUCCCUGAUCUCGACGGAGACGACGUCCAGGAUAUUGUCAUCACUCACGGAGGUGACUCGACCUAUCGUGAUAGUGACACCAACCGCUCAACUGGAUUUCUUGAGGCUGUUUCAGGACGAACGGGGCAGCAGUUAAUGGAGAGGGUGCCCCUCCCUGACGGACAGGAGACGUACAAUUCUCCCGUCUACCUAUCUCGGGGAGGACAGGGGGAUGUGGUGCUAGUUGGUACAGGUGGUGAGUCUCUCCCAGGAUCACUCUGGGCUUUUGGCUACACCAGUCUACGAGAGAGAAUAUCUAAAUACCUAUCAGCGCAGGGGCACACUAAUUACACUCCAUUCACCGGGUACAUCAACCAUCCCUGUGAGAGGGACAUGUCAGAGGAAGAAAUGGAGGAACAGAGGCCGACGUUUGACUCAGGGUCUUUUGACCCUGGCAGAAAUAUCAGCACAGAUUCUGUGUUCUCUGGCUGCACGUCCUGGGGCCCACACGAACCUGUUUGGAACAGGUUUGGUCUGUGUGUGCAUCGUCUGGUGUCUGGGGAGGAGAAAGGGGUUCUGCUGCCUCCUGUGGUGGUCGACAUGACUGGGGACGAGCAAGACGACCUCGUCGUGUCCUUGUUUGAGGGGAAGACCCUGGUAAUUAACGGAGAGACAGGCGAGGUAGUGUGGGAAGUCUUCACUCCUGGAACUGAGUCUUACAGUAUUCCAGCUCCACUGUAUUUCAACUCGGACACGGUCCCCGACCUCCUGGUGAGGCUCAACUAUGGAGAGUGGGACACGUACAACCAGUCCACACUCGCCGUUCUGGACGGACAAAACGGAGACACCCUCUGGAGUUUCGGCUCCGUCAAGACUGGGAUGAUGUCGGGCCUGUCGCUAGCGGCAACCCAGCCUGGAGCUGAUGCAGCAGUUUUCAUCACCAUGGGAACCAUACAAAACAACAACAGCAACAACUCAACUGACCAGGUGAGAUCAGUGCUGGAGAAGGAGGUGAGAGAGAGGAGACACGAUGGCCCUCACGAUCCAACUCUGGUCACCGGAGAGCCAGAAGAUGAGGAAGAAGAAGACGAUGAUUUUGUUGAGAUGGACGACAACGCAGAACCACAGAUCGAUGAGUUCAUGGCGAAGGCUCUGGCCUACCGAGACCCCCCAGGACUGUGGGACGGAGCUGGCACCGAGUUCCCUGACCCCCUUCUUGACCUCCCGACCUUUCUCCUGGACUACUGUGGCUGGAGGGAGGAGGAGCUGACUGCCUCUCUGUACAUCCUCUCUCCACAGGAGGCCUUCUCUGGUCUCACUCACCCUCCUCUCUUCUCUAGAGGACCUUUUGUCUACUUUCCAGGUUACCGGGAGAAGAGACACGAUGGACCUCACCCCAGCCAUACCUCCAGCAGCUCCAACAGCUCUGACAGAGACCUCCGCUGCAGCCACAUCAUGAUCCCCGAGAUGAUUGUCUCGACCCCUGCAAUUGGAGACCUUGACAAGGACGGGCGACUGGAGAUUGCCUACCUGGUGUCUUGGAGAACGAACUCGAGGAGCAGCGAGGAGGUAGUGAUCCAGGAUCUUCCUCCGCACUUCACUGUCUUUGUGGAGACGCCUGAGACGAGCGACGAAGAGGUGAUGGGGAGGAGGACAGGGAGAGAGUGGGUGGAGAGGUUCCUACUACAGGAGAACCGCAACCGUGACUCCUACACUGGGGGCGCGGGGGGACACAUAUUUACCGUCGUCCGCCCCCUAGCUCACACAUUUGACGUCUCUCCAUGUGUCUUUGUGUCUGUGUCAGUUUCUAACCGUCGUUUUCGU